ACCAGUUUCGGCAUGUCAUAUCUCAGUGCCAUUAAGCGGUAGACCAACAGCAGGAGCAACAACGCGUGCGACGCGAGGAUCGAGCUCGUCUACGCCUCAAUCACCACCAAUGUUGAUGCUCGCACCGCCGUCGUAUGUACCGCAGUAUCCGCAGGGGCAGCAACCACCACAAACGCAGAAUCAAACUCAAACUCAAACACGGUAUCAACACUACCAAAUCCCACAACCCCAACCACAAUCCCAACCACCCGCGGUAGCUCCAAUCGCACCAGUAGCAGGAACCCCGAUAUCCUCCUCCGCCCAAGCGUACUUUACGAGUUAUGCUUCCCGACUCCGAACAGGCUCUACGCUGCUCGUUCAACCGACUCUGUUCCCAGGGUCCACUACCACGACUGCCUCUUCCUCUUUGCCUAUCCCCUCCACCUCAUCAUCAUCAACCCUGGGAACAACGACGCGUCCAACACGUGCAUCCCGUCGAUCUCGGGGAACAGUGAUCAACUACGCCGAGGUAGACGACGAGGGGGAUGACGACGAGGGUGACGGUGACGAUGCGAAUGAUACUAAAAAAGACGGAGAUCAUAUACCGGACGCUGGUGCACUCGAUGAUGAUGUAACCGAUGGGGAUUUCGUCGCUGGGAGUGGGAGUGGGAGGAGAGUGGGGAGACCGAGCAAACAGCAGCAGCAAGUUAAGGAGUAUAACUCGGAUUUGGAUCAGAGUUAUCUCGGCCUGGUUCCACCUGCGAGGUUCAUCAAGUCUAGGGGGUUUCUAUCCAAUGCUGCGACGGCGCAGGGCGGUCCGAUGUUCAGUUUAGACUACGGUCCAAACUACCUUUCUUCUCUUCCCCUUCCCUCCACUCCUCCUCCGCACCCAAUUCCAAAUCCCAUCCUCAUCCCAGUCCGGCUAGAAUUCGACGUCCCAGAACUAGGCUUACGCAUCCGCGAUGUCUUUCUCUGGAACCUCCACGAACCGUCGGCGUCUAUAACCCCAGAAGUAUUUGCUGCGCAAUUUUGUAGGGACCUGGAUAUCGGGGUGGAUCCGUAUGGGGAGAUCGUGGCGAGGCAGAUUAGGGCACAGGUGGAGGAUACGAGGGGCGAGGCGUGGGUUGGGUGGAUGGAUUCGUUGGGUUUCUCUGUUGAUGAACACAACGACGACGACGACGACGAACAAGACCUAGACCUAAACCAACAUCACCACCAAAACACCCCCACCCAAAACACCAGCCCCGAAUGCCGCGUCAUCCUCUCCCUCGACGUCCAAAUCUCCACCCACCACCUAACCGACCACAUCGAAUGGGACCUCCUCUCUCCCCUCACCCCCGAAGCCUUCUCUCUCCAACUCUGUGCCGACCUCGGGUUAUCCGGGGAAGCCAUCCCACUCAUCGCGCAUGCAGUGCACGAGGAGCUGUGUCGUCAUAGGAGAGAUGUCGUUGAUUGGGGUGUUUUAGGUGCUCUGCAUCCUCCUAGUGCCCCUUUACUUGGUGACUCGGAAGGAACGGUGAAAGACCGAACAGGGCUUGGCCUCGGGUUAGGUGUAGGAUCCCUCGGCCGUCCGUCCAGAGAACGAGACGGGCGGUACCCGAAGCCUCUACGGAGUGCGUGGAGGGAUUGGGCGGAGGCGGAGGAGUAUGCAACAAGGUGGGAGGUGUUGAGUCCCGAGGAGGUAGAGCGGAGGGAGGUCGAGAGGGAGAGGGCAGGGAGGAGGUUGAGGAGGGAGACGAGUAAGUGGAGGUCGAGGAGGUGAUUGAUGUAGAUGAUGUGUUAUGUUAUAUAGUGUAUGAUUGAGUGUUUGAGGUAUGAUAUACCAGUUCAUUACUUUUUGCAUUACUUUUGCCCUUCCUCUCCUUCCUCCGAUCCAUCCUAUAAACGUCCUGCUGUAUCCAUCCCAAGUCUGAGUGCGAAUUUGACUCUUUGAGUCUAUUCUCC